AGGGAGGGAAUAAGGAACGGGGGUGGGUUGGUUUCUUUUUCAUGCAUAUGUUAGCUUCUUUUCUUUUCUUCUUUUUUUAAAAUUUAUUUUUAUUCGCACGGUCCAGUGGUACUCCGCUGAACAGAAAUUCCUUUGCCAAACCCGGAGCUCUCUUCUAGGGACUGGCGUCUCUCGCUGUCAAUUGUGUUGCCAUACGACUAGAAGCUAUCCUCCCGUGUGUCUUAAGCCUGGAUUGAGGGAAGCUGAGGGGAGGGACAGGACAGGAACAGGGACAGAAAGCGAGCGCAGGCUGGGGGUGGCGGCGGUCAGGCGGGGGGUGUUCUUUUUGCCCUCUCCUUUGCCCUCCCGGGUCUCCUCUUCGUGGCCGAGGCCGGGAUCUGCUCGCAGAAGGGCGCGCACCAUGAAAGCAGUGAGUCCGGUCCGCCCCUCGGGCCGGAAGGCACCGUCGGGCUGCGGCGGGGAGCUGGCGCUGCGCUGCCUGGCGGAGCACAGCCACAGCCUGGGCGGCUCGGCGGCGGCCGUGGCCGCGGCGGCUGCAGCGCGCUGCAAAGCGGCAGAGGCAGCGGCGGAGGAGCCGUCCCUGUGCCUGCAGUGCGAUAUGAAUGACUGUUACAGCCGCCUCAAGAAACUGGUGCCCACCAUCCCGCCCAACAAGAAAGUCAGCAAAGUGGAGAUCCUGCAGCACGUUAUCGACUACAUCCUGGACCUGCAGCUGGCGCUGGAGACGCACCCGGCUCUGCUGAGGCAGCAGCCGCCGCCACCGCCGCCGCUGCAUCACCCCUCCUCCGGGAGCUGUCCCGCCGGACCUCCCCGAACCCCGCUCACAGCCCUCAACACCGACCCGGCUGGUGCUGUUAACAAACAAGGGGACAGUAUUUUGUGCCGCUGAACUGCACUCUUAAGGUGUGCAGCAGGCAGAGCCAGAGGAGCACAGAGAGAGACAAAUUUGAGAGGGGGGGAAAAAGGAAAAAAAAAAAUCAGCCAUCAGAGGAAAGGAAAAAGAAAAUCAGCAAACCCUAGAAUCCUUUUCAUUGUCAUUCCAAGAGAAAACAAAAACUCUCACCCUUUUUUGCACGUUCAUAAGCAUUUAAACAUGAUAUCUGUUUUGUCUCUUCAUUUAUAGCAGCUGUGAAUUGUACAUUUCUGUGUUUUUUGGAGGUGGGGUUAAACUUUUAAGCAGAAAGUGUGACUGGACUGAUGACUAGAAGAUGAAGAGUAAAUCAAACUUUAGCAGUAUACUUUGUGACCAAGGAGCUGAAAUUUUUUUUUGAAGCUUUACUAAUCUACCAGAGCAUUGUAGAUAUUUUUGACAUCUAUUGUUUAAAAUAGAUGAUUAUAUUGGGGCCAGGGAACUUUCUUCUCCCUGUGAGAAUGUUACAUAUUGUAUAGAUAACUGAGUGACAUUUCAUACUGUGUAUAUAUAGAGAUGUUCUAUAAGUGUGAGAAAAGUAUAUGCUUUAAUAGACUACUGUAAUUAUAAAAUAUUUUUAAUUAAAUAUUUUUUGUAAAUAUUAUAAGUGUGUGUUUUCUUAAUCUGUGGGAAUAUUUCUUUUGGAAAAUUAUUUUUCAGCUCAGUCACAGAGCUGACAAUAUGAAAAUAUCUGGAAUGUCUUUUUUGUUUGGUUUGGCUUUUAAUUUGUUUUUGUUUUGCCCAAUGUCUUAGACUCGGAAGUUACAGUUAUAGCUAGUGGUCCUGCAUGACUGCAUGAGAUGUUUAAUCACAAAUAAACUUGUUCUGAGUCCAUACAAAA